UCACUGUUUCGCUGUUAGUUUGUUUUACUGUUAUUAAUCAUUUGAGUUCAUAAAAUAAUUUAUUUCAUUUAGUAAUUUAGAUUUAAUUAGAUAUUUAGUAAUUUCAUUGCGAGAUCUGUUCUGUAUUGAAACGAGUUGUUAACGCCAUUAUGUAUAUGUUAAAAUACCCAAUGGAUAGUGCAUUGCUCAAUGUUAACGGGGAUGGUUUCACGCCUUUGGACCUCGCCGUCAUGACAACAAAUGUAGCAAUGGUCCAAUUACUCCAAUCACAUGGUGCUACGGAAAGUCCUAAAUUUCCUUGCCGAGAGAGCAGAUCCAGCCACCUGCAGACUCUCGUGCGAGAAGCUGGACGUUGCGUGGAUGAUCUGGGAACAUGUGUUCUCAGCGCCGCCACAAACGGAAGCUUAUCUGCAGCAUUGCUCAAAGAGAAGGAGCGUCAGUUGUCGCUAUGGCAACGACGACAUCAACUCCUCAAAAGGAUGAAGACAGGGUUUGAUCAUUUACGUCCUCCAGAUCCGCCUUCCAGUGUGCAGUUGGAAGUAGUUGGUACUCGAUCUUUAAAAGUGAAAUUCUCAGAACCUGACACAGCCCACAAAGAGGACAGCAUUGUCACCAAAUACAAAGUGGAAUGGAGCUGUUACGAAGACUUCUCCUUGCUGGCGGGAUCUCGCGAGAUCUCGGACGUGCAGAAGCUGGAAAUCAUGAUUCCGGACUUGACCCAGGGUAGCACGUAUUUCGUGCGCGUUGCUGCUGGGAACGUCAAAGGCUUCAGUUCCUGGAAGAGCGCAUCGCCCCUCUCGGCCACUCCUUCUUGUUGGAGAGAUGUUGAGGGAAAACUUCCCCGUUCAUCAGGCCGUAUGGGAAAGCUAGACGAUCUUUUCCAUCAGAUCAUCAACUCGAGAGCUGGCCAUGCCAGUGAAAUUAAAGAUCUGUCAGAUACACCUCAACAGCAACGGCGGCAAGUAAGGAAAAGUAUAAAGCACCUCUUCACUUCAGCUCCAAAAUUUCAGAAAAAUAUGAAAAGAGGGGUUUUUUUGGCCUGCUUGUUGUAUCACGAUGACCGAAUAAUUGUGACUGCAGAGGAUACUCUCCCAAUACUCGAAGUAGAUGAAACAUACCCUUCUCCUCUGCAUACUGACUUUCACUGGUUAUUGAAGGUGGCGUGCACAUGGGAAGAUGUAAAAAUUUUAAGACAAGAUAUGGAGAAAAGUCACUCUUCUUCAAACGUCCAUUUCCGAAGCAAGUUGCUGCAAGCAGUAGAACAAAUGCAGGCUGCCCUUGGAUUGCAAGAUUUGGGACAACUGUACUACUUGCCGCUUAAAGACAGUGAAGGUACAACGGUCCUUUGCACAGUGAAACAUGUAAGAGACCCCAAAACUAUGGUCACUCUGUCCGUGCGAUGGAUGCCUUUGUACAAAAUCCAAAGAAAGCGUGCCAACAACUCUGACAGUAAUGGGGACAACCCAGGCAUAAGCGAUUUGCUCCUGGAUUCCUUACAAGAGAUGAUUCUGUACAGCCAAGUGAGUAAUAAGCCCUUACCUAAGGGCUUAUAUGUAGGCUACAUGAAACUGAAGAGCUCCGUGGAUGCUAUUCGUGUUGUAGUACCAAGACUGACACCCAACGUUUUACCCCAUGCUAAGAUAAGGGAUAAUCCCCAUGUAUCAUGUGAAGAAUGGCAAUGGUUCAAGAGUCUUUCAACGGGAAGCUUGCCUAGUGCACCUUCUGAAUUUCAAGUGAAGUUCCAAAAAGCUUUAUCUUUGGCUACGAAACAAUUACUGUCAGAACUGGACAUUCCAGAGAAUGUAGCUGAUUUGCACAGGUAUUAUGAUGUAGAAGUUAUCGAACUGAGCGAAGAUGUGGCUUUCAUACUAGUACUGCCCCCUGUUGACAGUGUUUGCUCUGUACCUGGCCAAUGUGAUGAAAUUACUUCUAGACCCGACUGCAUUCCGUUACCAAUACAAAUAUUCGAAAUGAUACAUAUGACUACGUAUCAAUCGAGUUUUAUAACUCGUUACUCACGCCUGUCGUCUAUACUGGAAAUGGACAAUAUGCUCGCUCACCAUGCCCAGCGUGAAGCUUUCUCAACGUCAGAGCUAUCGGAAGCCAAAUCUCGCCUCAGCCAGUUGCAAGAAUUUCAGACUCAAGUUGACAAUAUGUGGCGAGCAGUACGAUGGAUUAUGGAUGUUCUUACAUUUGCUCGUGAUAAACAAGGUUCCAACGGAAUUCCAUUGAAAGACAUCUGGACUAACUUUUCUAGUCCAGACUCACCUAGCAUAACAUUGCCUGAACAAAUGAAGCAAAUUGCCGAGAGCACUCGCACCAGUCCUACACCAUUAGUGAGGCUCAUGGACGUUGAAAGGAAGCAGAUCCGUCGUUGUUCGUCAACAUCCCGUUUGCAAAUAAGCUAUACGGACUUAUCUUGUGACAGUGAUAGCAUCAACAGUGGAUCCAAAGCUCACAGUGCAGAAAGACUGGACGACUCGAACUUUGAGAAAGAGUCCAAUUACAGAAGCAGCAUCCGCAGUUCAUUUGCCGGAAGCCUCAAAUCUUUGUCUUCGGCGGAUAUUGCGGGUGAUGAUGAUAAGCUGAGUAUAUACUCAAAAGACAGUGCUUGCAGUAUCGAUGAGGAAUGCCACAAAGACAGUAAAAACGGUGAUGAUGCUUUGCAGUUAUCAUCUCCUGCUCCCUCUCACUCUCAAAACUCUGGAAUUAUAAGAGUUUACGCAGCUUACGAGACUGGAUUACCGAGUGGAACUAGCGUGAAAUUGCAUGUAACGCCAUUAACUACUGCUAGGGAAGUAGUGGAUCUAGUUGUAAAACAACUGAACAUGGCGGUGAUACUGAAAGGUAGAGGUGGUCCAAUAUACGGUAACAGCCAGUUGCACAGUUUUUGUCUGGUCGCAACAGCUGGUGCUAGAGAGAGAUGCUUAAGUGAUGAUUUCCAGCCAAUGAAAUUGCAAGGACCGUGGUUAAAGGGCAAACUGUUCGUUCGACGGAAAAAUAAUUUAUUUAAUCGUAGCACAGACUAAGGACCUCAGCAUCAGAUUCUCGGAUAAAUGCUCUGAGUAAAACGUGAUAAUGAUGCCAAAUUUUUGAAAUAUUCAUAGUCCUCACUGUAUGCUGAAUGCUUCUUACGCAUUUCACUAUAAUUUCCAUUUUAGAAAGCCUGGUACAUAACUAGUAUUAGUAACACUGUAUGCCUGAAAGUAUUAUAUCAUGAGUAUUUAAUUUUGUAUUAAUAGUUUGUUUUUGUUGAUUGUAUUGUACUUAGAAUCCCAAUGUCAUUUAUCUCCUGCUACCUUUUACUCCUUUUUCUGAAUUAUCUGAAGCAAAUUAUUUAAUUAUAUUGUCUAGAUAAUUGAUUCAUUCCGGUAAAUUUUUUUAUUUCCAUAUUUAUUAAAUUAUAAACUCUAGAAGGAGAUUUUUAAGAUAACGCAAAGAUUUCUCAGGUAUAUUCUGCAUUAAGAGUUUGGAAAGAUAUUUCUACUAAGAACCAUAAGAAUGAAAAAUUUUAAUAUAUUUCUUCUACAAAGGUGAUAGAUUUUUAAAAUAAAUUUUUCAUUGUUUGUAAUCUUUUUCAAUGAUAUUUUCAAGACGCGUAUAUACAAAAGUACUACUUGGAAUAAUUAUAGGUUUAGCAUCAUUCAGAAAUUAUGAAUUCAAAAAUAUGAAUAAAACAAAAAAACGGCAAAUUCUGAAAGCCAUCCAUUUAUUGUAUUUUGCUACAAAUCAAAAACAUGUACAGAUUCAAACUGUUUAAAUACAUUUCCUAAAAGUUGUAAGUUUGCUUCCUAAUAAAAUUAUUUAAGAAUUGUUG